UCCUACAGCUUCUCAGUGGUUUCCCGCUUUCGGCCUCUCUACCGCGCCGUUUCCGCCUCUUGCUUUAGGCCGCCGGAAUUUGACGAGCUCUCGCGAGACUUGGGCCCUCUUCCUCAGCCGGCUCUCUGUAAGGAGAAGGCCAUGUUCAGCUCCAGCGCCAAGAUCGUGAAGCCCAAUGGCGAGAAGCCGGACGAGUUCGAGUCGGGCAUUUCCCAGGCCCUGCUGGAGCUGGAGAUGAACUCGGACCUCAAGGCUCAGCUCCGGGAGCUGAAUAUAACCGCAGCCAAGGAAAUCGAAGUUGGUGGUGGUCGGAAAGCUAUCAUAAUCUUUGUUCCCGUUCCUCAACUGAAAUCUUUCCAGAAAAUUCAAGUCCGGUUAGUACGCGAAUUGGAGAAAAAGUUCAGUGGGAAGCACGUUGUCUUCAUUGCCCAGUUUUUGGCCAGGGCUGGGUUUGAACCUGCCACGACUGGUAUACGGGGCCAGCGCCCUACUCCUUUGAGCCACAGGUUGUUGCAGCCCCUAGUGGCCCCUAUGGCCCUGGACUCCAUCGCUUGUAGGAGGCGGGCUAACCUUAUUUGCAGGAUAGACCCGAGCAACCUCUACAGUAGCCUUUUAUUGACAGCACAAGACAGGUGAGGGGAGUGUUAGAUAAUGGCUGCGUGCCUGCAAAUCAUCUUGCUCAGAGGUCGUCUGGCUCACAGGUGCCUCCCUGGGGAAGGGUUUUUGAAGUUGAGAUCUGGCUUUGGUGCAAACUGAAGUCUUUGGGGAAUUAAGUGUCAGGAUUGGCCAGGUAUAAAAGAAACAGUGUUCUAUGUCAAUAGACAUUUUAGUGCUUAUGUUGGGUAUUGGGCUUUGUUGAAUGGAAAAGGUAUAUUUUUUUUUUCCGUAGCAUUUUAAUAUCAGCUAUGGAUUCUGAAUGAGUAACUGAAAAUUGAGAAAUAACUGCACAGAAUAGUUUUUGAGUCUAGGUUGUUUUGCUUUCUCAAACUUUGAACUUGUUCUCUUACUCAUUUUGCUUUUAAAGUGGUUUGACAAUUCUUCGCUUUGUAUCAACUUAAGAUCCUUUUUGUGGAAUUUUGUUGCAUGAUAAUUUUUACCUUGCAGAGGAGAAUUCUGCCUAAACCAA